AUGUCUUCCUUAAUUCCAAAUAACAUUUGUGAUAACUAUAUGAAUACUAUUGAAAAUAGUAACAAUAACAGUGGUAGUAAUAGUAAUAGUAACAUUCCACCCAGAUAUAAUAAACUUUCAACACCAGAAACAACUUUUUGGUCAAAUAUUCAAUUUUAUUUAGAUUUAAUUUCAGUGAGAAACUAUUUACAUGUAGACCAUGGUGUUAGAAAAACCAAGAAUCAUUUUUAUUUAAUUAAAAAGAAUGUAAAUCAACAACAAUUAGAUGAAUUAAAUGGUGAAUUGAUAGCGUUACUUAAAGCUUCAAAAAAGAGAAAAAACUACAUAGUUAAAGAGAGUAGAAUGGUGAAACAAUUAAAGAUUGAUAAUCAACAAUUAAUUAAUGAAAAUCAACAAUUAAUUAAAAAGAUGGAACAAGAAAGAUCUCAUUAUCAAAAUACAAUUAUUCAAUUUAAGAAUAAAGAAGAAGAAUUAAAAAAUCAAUUACAACAAUUACAGAUUCACUCAAAUAAUCAAAAUCAAGAAAUAGACCGAGUGACUCGUGAACUCGAUCAAUGUAGAGCAACAAUUGGUAGUUUUGAAGCUCAGAAAGAGAUGUACUCCAAACUUAAUGAAAAUUUAGAAAACGACAAGCUAAAUAUAUUAGAAGAUUAUGGUUAUGUUCGUGGCGUUGAAUAUGAAGAAGAAGAAGAAUUUUAUUCAUUAGACGAUGAAAAUACUAGUGGUCAGACAAAAUUCAAUUUUGAAACUGGGAUGAAUGCAAUCGAUAAGCUAAAACAUAUCUCUCAAAUUUAUUAUUUUAGAAGAGUACUCACAAUUCGUCAAAGCUCUUGUUAUCGUUCAGAACCACGUGCCGAUACUGAAACCACAGGCCUCUCCGUAGCAACUGAUGAAAUCACUGAAAUCUCAAUUAUCGAUUUAUAUGAUGGUAGCCACUUUUAUAAACUCAUCAAUCCAACAACAACCGUUUCAAGUGCUUCUGCAUCAAUCCAUGGUCAUACAAAUAAAAGUUUAGCAGGUAAUGAGUAUUGGUGUGAUAUUGAACCAUCGCUUAUUGAAUAUCUUUCAAAAUAUCAAAAAUCAGGUGCUUACAUCAUUGCUCAUAAUGAAAAGUUUGAUAGAGGAAUUUUAGCAAGUCAAAUUGGUAAAAAUGCUGCUUCUGUUCCAUCCAUGUUUCCUUCAAUAGUGUUUGUUGAUUCAAUUCCAAUUUUUAAAAGAUUUGUCAAAAAAUUAGAAGGUGGUUAUUCCAUGAGUUCACUUAUAGACCAUUAUCAAAUUCCAAAAUCAGAUAAAAGCCAUUCCAGUUGUCAAGAUGUUUUAGAUCUUGUUUUAUUAUUAAAAGAGCACAAAAACAAAGAGGGCAAGAACAUUGAAGCUGAUUUAGCUAAAUUUUUAAAUGAUACAAUUAAAGAGAUUAAAAACAAACAUAAUUUAAAGUUAAAAGCUGGUGAUGAUACUCAAAAUGGUGAUACAGAUAAAGGUACAAGUGCAUUGGAAUCAGUCAUUAAUGGUUUUAGUGCAAUUAGUCUCAAGAAAAUAUUUGGUGAGGAUAUCAAAAAGAAUUUAGAGAAGGAUGUUGAAGGUAACUAUUAUUUUUACAGGCAUACAACACACAUCACUUUUACACAUCAGUCAAUAUUAUGUAAUCAUAUUCAAUCUUAUAAUUUUUAUUAA